CCUGCUUGCAAGACAGAUGCUUAUGCCGCUGAGCUAAAUCCCCAGCCCCCAGCAUCAGCUCUUAAUCGCUUGUUUUGAGGACCCUAUCUCCCGUGCCUUUGGGCUAUUUAAGUGAGUCCAGAUACCAGCUUCUUGGAGUUUAAGAAUACAUAAGUAGCCCAAAGCCAGGGGCGUAGUGGCCAGAGAAAGACAGAGACAAAGGAAAGAAGAGAAAACAGGAGAAAACAAAAGAGAGUUAGAUUACACAAUUCCCUGCCCACCUUCCAGCGACUCAUCACCAGCUAUUUGUCUCCUCUUUCCCACUGGCGCGCCUUUUUGACGUCACUGACGCGCCGCACAGUACAGUUGCAAAACCUUCGCGGCUGUAUACCUGGCGCGCAGAUGCGAAUUUUCUUUUGGCGCCGCCGGAAGUCCGGGACACGUGAUCAGAUGACAGCGCACGCUUGGCUGGCUGGCUGACUCCCUUUAGGUGCUGCGGGGCGGGAUGGCGGAGGCGCCUCCGGUCUCAGGUACUUUUAAACUCAAUACAGAUGCUGCAGAAUUCAUUCCCCAGGACAGAAAAAAUUCUGGUCUAACUUGUGGAACUCAAAGAAGGCUAGACUCUAGUAGAAUUGGCAGAAGAAAUUACAGUACAUCACCUCCUUGUCACCUCUCCAGGCAGGUCCCUUAUGAUGACAUCUCUGCCGUUCAUCAGUACAGUUAUCCUUCUGGAAGCAAACCUAAGAGUCAGCAGACUUUUUUCCAGUCUUCUGCUUCUAACAAAUCCUUUAAGAACCAUGGCUUUCAGUGUCAACCUUGGCAAAAAUUGAGGAAUGAAAAGCACCAUAUCAGAGUCAAGAAAGCACAGGGACUCACUGACCACACCUCAGAUGUAGCUAGCUUAGAAAAUAUGGCAAGAUCAGAAAGUGGGACAAAUCUCAGAGAGCACAGUCCUUCUGAGAGUGAAAAAGAAGUUAUUGGCGCCGAUCCCAGGGGAGCAAAACCCAAAAAAGCAGCACAGGUUGUAUACAGCUAUGGUCGAGGACCAAAAGUUAAGGGAAAACUCAAAUGUGAAUGGGGUAACAAAAUGACUGCAAAACCUGAGGAUGCGGGACCUGAGAAUAUCAAACCUGUGGGUGUUUCCCACCCUGACUCCUCAGAUGCAUCCUGUAGAAAAGGAGGACUGGAUGGGGGUGGAGCCCGACGAAAUGAGCAGAGGAGAUGCCCACAGAAGAGGCCUCCUUGGGAAGUGGAAGGGGCCAGGCCACGACCAGGCAGGAAUCCACCAAAGCAGGAGGGCCAGCGACAGGUGAAUACAGGACCCAGAAACAACAUGGCUUCCAUUCCAAAGGACAGUAUUAGCGAGAGAGCAGCACAAUCUGCCCGUGACAGUGAGAAUUUGGCAGUUAUCAACAAGUCGUCCAGAAGAGUUGACCAAGAGAAAAAUGUUGUAAGGAGGCAGGAUCCUCCGGUGGUCUCUCCUUUCCCCCGAGGCAAACAGAACCAUGUGCUAAAGAACAUGGAAACGCAUACAGGUUCUCUAAUUGAACAGCUAACUACAGAAAAAUAUGAGUGCAUGGUGUGCUGCGAGUUGGUUCGAGUCACGGCGCCGGUGUGGAGCUGUCAGAGCUGUUACCAUGUGUUUCACCUGAACUGCAUCAAGAAAUGGGCACGGUCUCCAGCAUCUCAAGCGGAUGGCCAGAGUGGUUGGAGGUGUCCUGCCUGCCAGAAUGUUUCUGCACAUGUUCCUAAUACCUACACUUGUUUCUGUGGCAAGGUGAAGAAUCCUGAAUGGAGCAGAAAUGAAAUUCCACAUAGUUGUGGUGAGGUCUGUAGAAGGAAACAGCCUGGUCAGGACUGCCCACAUUCCUGUAACCUUCUCUGCCAUCCUGGACCCUGCCCACCCUGCCCUGCGUUUAUGACUAAGACAUGUGAAUGUGGACGAACCAGGCACACAGUUCGCUGUGGUCAGGCUGUCUCCGUCCACUGUUCUAACCCAUGUGAGAAUAUUUUGAACUGUGGUCAGCACCACUGUGCCGAGCUGUGCCACGGGGGUCCGUGCCAGCCUUGCCGGGUCCUACUGAAUCAGGUAUGCUACUGUGGCAGCACACCCCGAGAUGUUUUAUGUGGAACAGACACGGGAAAGUCUGAUGGAUUUGGGGACUUCAGCUGUUUAAAGAUAUGUGGCAAGGACUUGAAGUGUGGGAACCAUACAUGUUCUCAAGUGUGCCACCCUCAGCCCUGCCAGCCUUGCCCACGGCUCCCCUAUCUGGUACGCUUUUGCCCGUGUGGCCAAACUCCUCUCAGCCAGUUGCUAGAACUAGGAAGUUCCGGUCGGAGAACAUGCAUGGAUCCUGUCCCUUCAUGCGGAAAAGUGUGUGGCAAGCCUCUGCCUUGUGGUUCCUCAGAUUUUAUUCACACCUGCGAAAAGCUCUGCCAUGAAGGAGACUGUGGACCAUGCUCUCGCACAUCAGUUAUUUCCUGCAGAUGUUCUUUCAGAACAAAGGAGCUUCCCUGUACCAGUCUCAAAAGUGAAGAUGCUACAUUUAUGUGUGACAAGCGGUGUAAUAAGAAACGGUUGUGUGGACGGCAUAAAUGUAAUGAAAUAUGCUGUGUGGAUAAAGAGCACAAGUGUCCUUUGAUUUGUGGGAGGAAACUCCGCUGUGGUCUUCACAGAUGCGAAGAACCUUGUCAUCGAGGGAACUGCCAGACAUGCUGGCAAGCCAGUUUUGAUGAAUUAACUUGUCACUGUGGGGCAUCAGUGAUCUACCCUCCAGUUCCCUGUGGCACUAGGCCCCCCGAGUGCAGUCAGACCUGCGCCAGAAUCCACGAGUGUGAGCAUCCAGUGUAUCAUUCUUGUCACAGUGAGGAGAAAUGUCCCCCUUGUACUUUUCUGACUCAGAAGUGGUGCAUGGGCAAGCAUGAGGAUUCUUAUCUUGAUGGACACAUUUUUCUCCACUUAUUUCCUUUACGAAGCAACAUCCCCUGUCACCUGGUUGAUAUCUCUUGCGGAUUACCCUGCAGUGCCAUGCUACCGUGCGGGAUGCACAAGUGUCAGAGACUCUGUCACAAAGGAGAAUGCCUUGUGGAUGAGCCCUGCAAGCAGCCCUGUAGCACCCCCAGAGCUGACUGUGGCCACCCAUGUAUGGCACCCUGCCACCCCAGUUCACCCUGCCCCGUGACUGCUUGCAAAGCCAAGGUAGAACUACAGUGUGAAUGUGGACGAAGAAAAGAAAUGGUGAUUUGCUCUGAAGCAUCCAGUACUUACCAGAGAAUAGCUGCUAUUUCUAUGGCCUCUAAAAUAACAGACAUGCAGCUUGGUGAUUCAGUGGAGAUCAGCAAGUUAAUUACCAAGAAAGAAGUUCAGCAAGCCAGGCUGGAGUGUGAUGAAGAGUGCUCAGCCUUGGAAAGGAAAAGGAGGCUGGCGGAAGCCUUUGAUAUCAGUGACGAUUCUGAUCCUUUCAAUGUCCGUUCAUCAGGGUCAAAAUUCAGUGACAGUUUGAAAGAUGAUGCCAGGAAGGACUUGAAGUUUGUCAGUGACGUUGAGAAGGAAAUGGAGACCCUUGUGGAUGCUGUGAAUAAGGGAAAGAGCAGUAAGAAAAGCCACUGCUUCCCUCCCAUGAACAGAGACCACCGCCGCAUCAUCCAUGACCUGGCCCAAGCUUACGGCCUGGAGAGUGUGAGCUAUGACAGUGAACCAAAGCGCAACGUCGUGGUCACUGCGGUGAGAGGGAAGUCUGUUUGUCCCCCCAUCACGCUGACAUCUAUGCUUGAAAGGGAAAUGCAGACGCGGCCUCCACCACCAAUUCCCCAUCACAGACAUCAGACAGACAAGAAUCCUGGGAGCAGUAGUUUACAGAAGAUAGCUAAGGAGCCAAUAAUUGACUACUUCGAUGUCCAGGACUGAGACCAAUUUGCACUUAGAUGACAGAAUGAUUAGGUGCAGUGGAGCCUCAUUCGCCAGCUGAUAAAUCAUGCUUGCUCCUCACUGCCUGGCAGAGUCCCAGCCUCACGUGCUGUCUUGUCCUGAUGCAUCCAGAGCAUGAGUGUGUCAGGAAACCCCUGUGUACUCCUGUCUGUGCAAAGUGUUCCGCUGGGGCCAGGUCUCCAAUUCUGUGGUCAGGAGGUUUCCAGUUGUAUUCUAAAGGCUUCUCAUACCAUCGCUGUGAUUGCUUUACUGUUGGGGAAUUAUUGGGCUUUAUUUGGACAAACCAGAAUUUUAACCCAAAAUGAUUUUGUGGCACUUAGUUAUGGUCUCCACUGACACGAGCAAACUUCUCAGUCUGAAAUAAUGAACACUGAAUUGAUCCACCAUAUGUGGAAUUAUGGAUCAUCCUAAACCAGCUGUCUUGGCUGUCUUUUGCCAGAAGCUCUCAGAUCUGUCCCCCUGAACUUCCUUUCAUGUUUCCUGUUGCUCUCAGUUCUAGACAUAGGAGAGGAUCAGGUUGCUUUACAGAAUUCCGUUCCUUGAGUCCCUGGCUCUUGUCAUGGCACAUCACGGAGCCUGUCCAAUGACAGUUUAACCACCCCCUGUAAUGGUGGAAGAUACGGAGCCAGGUUCACACUGUGGCCUCUGUGAAAUGACUGGUGCCACCGAACUCCUAUCUUGUUGAUAAAGAGUCUUACAUAGACAGCUGUCCUGUGUUGCUUCUUCCUAGGCCCUCAGCAGCCAUAUUACCUCUCCUUGUCUGAGCUCUGAACUGCUCGAAGUGUCUAGACCGUGUAGAGCUGCCGGGUAGCCCACAAGAAGCACCCUUCAGGCUCUCCUGACAGUUACAUUAUUUUUGGCCCUAUGUGUGGGCAGCCCACCUGCAUGGAGGCCAGACUGCCUUGUGCUUGAAAACAAGCCUUGUGCCCCAGAGCAGCAGCAGAUUUGAGACAUGGAGUCACAAAAACAAGCACUAAACUUUUGUAGGAAUAACGUCCCUUUUAUCCUCACGCAAUCUUAGAAAGAAGCAGGAGAGAAAACACUGCCUCCCUCUGGGCCAUGUAAUGGAGGAUCAGUGACCAGACACACAACACAAAGCCCAUAUGCCACCACGCCCAGCCUGUAUCCUUCAAGCCAUGAGUCAAGCAUCUAAAUCCUCAGAUCUGACUGCAGAUUCUAGCCCUGCAACGUUACUUGCCACUUGGUGCAAUGGAUAUUUUAUCUGCAUUAUCGAGUUUUUGUAAAAAUUAAAUGAGUAGCAGAUAUGGAGUGCUUGGACCAUCA